AUGCGAGAGGACCCAGAGGCUACAAUUCGUAUUAUUCGCCAUAGCAAAAGAGAAUACUACAAGGCCAUAACCAAGGGGAUGAAAACGAAAGUACAUGAUAAGUGCUCGGCCGAAUGGUUUCGCUGUGGUGUCAUAGAGGGUCUAUCAUGCCCAAUGGGUUACCCCGAGCCCCGACGAUUAGCAUCUAGUUUGCGCCGCAACCUAGAGAGUGGCGUAGCCACGUACGUGCUGACUGCCAUCGAGGCCCUCGACAGCACGCUUAAUCAAGACGAAGAGACCAAACGCAAACUUGAGAUGGUUCUUCUCAAUGCUCGUCACCAUCGGAAGUCGAGAUUACUCUAG